AUGGUGGAGAAGCCAGAUCCGAAGGAUUCAAGAUCGGGACGAGCGGAAGCCCCGGAUUUUAUCACGGCUCGCCGCGAAAGGGGCAAACUUGCCCAAAGAGCGUUCAGACAAAGGCAAAUUGACACUAUCCGAAACCUAGAGGAAGAGAAUCAGAGAUUACGCAAGGCAAUUUCUGAUAUAAGCGACGCCGCACGCCAAAGCGACGUGGCACUGUCGCUAGCUAUCUCAAAUGCUUGCAAAGUAGCAGGUCUUCCAGCCUCCGAGACGGAGGAUCCGCCAACGUUGACCAGUUCGGAGGACUCCGGAUGGUCUUCUAAUGAUGACACAGCCAACAUAGCUCCUGUGUCGUUAGCUCCUGUUUCACUUGAUGAUGAUAACAUCUUAAACUAUCUAAUCCCAUCCUAUGAUGACAAGGAGGUAGUUGACGACUGGUCACAAUUCUUCCCUACCGGGGACUCGGGGGCAUAUGUCUCACCCACCAACUUAGAGAUGUUUGAUAGCGGCAUAGACAUGGCUACUUCGUCAACUCUACCAAGUCUUGGACCGCCAUUGAAUGCCACGGACAUCUCGACAUUUACUUUCGAGCCGGACAGAGCUAUCCAUCUUACGAACCCGCCACCGGACAUCAUGCCCUACAUGGGCGAGGGAGCCUACACUUUAGCAGGCCAGAUGUACUGGGCUGCUAUGGCGUUCGGUUUCCAGGCAAUCAAGGCCAUCAUCUCAACAUCAACGCCACCGCCAGCGGCUAUCGACACCGUUUCGGAUAUUUUCACACAUACGCUUAAACAUGUAGCUCUCCCAAAGAUAAUGUACUUGAUGCACGCGCGGCUCGCCUUCCGCCGAUACGGCUACUUCCACCUCGCCAGCGAUGAGAACUGGGAGGCGAUCAAGGCCUUCCUCGACCCAUCCGGUCCCUCGAAGAUGCACGCGGCGCUCGCCGAAUCGCUGCAGCGGGCCGGGGUGCGCAAGGACGACUACCUGGACCCGCUGGACGUGGAGCGGCGGCUGCGCUCCCGCUUCCGCGACGCGUACCCCGUUUUCGAGGCGGCGCUGCGGGGGCGCGCGCUCGCGGCCGAGCACGUGGCCUGCAUGCGCCGGCUCAUGCGCGCCGUGUCGCGGCAGUCGCUGUGCUUCGGCGACGGGCCGCGCUGGAGGCCCGAGAGCGUGGAUGCGCUGGCUAGUGCUUGGGAGAGGGGUACGGGUAUGGGGCUGGUUGGUGUGUUUUAG